CGAGCAACACAAGAUGAAAACUUGCGCAAUCAUCCUUUUGGUGGCUUCGGUGGCUUUUGCUCAUGAGGUGAAUUUGACUGAAGAGCAAAAAGCCAAACUUGCGGAAAUCAAGAAAGAAUGCAUUUCGUCUUCGGGUGUUGCCCUCGACGAAGUUGAGCAUGCUAAGAAGGGAGUUUUCGCUGAAGAUGAGAAACUCAAAGAUUUCCUGUUCUGUCUGGCCCAGAAGAUAGGCUUCAUGGAUAAGGAUGGACAGUUCAAGAAGGAUGUUAUCACCGCUAAGAUUACAGCCAACCAUGGAGAGCAGAUUGCCAAAGAAGUUGUUGAUGUCUGCACGGCCAAAACCGAAGUUAACGGUCCGGAAACUAGUUUGGCCCUCGCCAAAUGUCUUUCCGAGAAGUCCAAACAACACGUUUCAAUUGUUUAAUAAUCAU